CUAAAAUGUAAUUAGAUUAGAGAGUAAGUUAAUUAGAGAAAUUAGCUGAGCAAUUAUUAGGAAGAGUUUGUGAACUUGAAGAUUAAUAGGGAGAUUUGUUAGAUCAAAUAAAAAAAUUGUAGAUAAAAGUAUACAUUAGAAAUAAUGCAAGAAUUAAUAAUUAGAAUAAGAAAUAAGUAAUUUGAAGAAUAGAACAGAAGAGGUCUAAGAAUCAUGGCUUUUUUAUUGUGAUAAAAGUAAAGUAUAAAUAGAAUGUAGAAAGAUCAUUAAAUUCAAUAAAAUAAAUAUUGUAGAUUGAGUCAGAUAUAGUAAAGGAAUUUGAUUAUUUGAGUUGGUAGACAGAAGAUAUUAUGUGGAGAUAAAUAAUAAGGAAUAUUUCAAAAGAAUAGUAGAAGGACUUAGAGAAAAUAAAUGGAGCAUAAUUAAAAUAAUUGGCUUAGUAGAAAUUGAAAGAGAAUAUUGAUAAUGAAGUUUUAUUUGUUUUAAGAAAUGUAAGUAAAUUAAAUGAGAAAAUGAAUGAAUUGAUUGAGUUAUGUGCAAUAUUUACUUAAUUAUGGUAUGAAAUAGAAUUAGGGGGUGAUUAAUGUUAAGGGAGAAUGAUUUUGGUUAUAGAGAGUGAUUAAAAUUUAGAUAAAUUAGAAUUGACAAGAUAAGAUAAUUCAAAAGUAAUUUUGCAAAUAGAAAAAUUAUAAAAUUGA